CCCAACUCCCCGCGCAGUAGGAUCGCUGUGCAUGGAGGAUGUCAUUUCCCAUGAGCAAGAACUCACUUUUACUCGUUGGACCAUCACCGUGCCCGACUUGGCCAAGUGGCCAGACGCCGCCGGUCGCUUGGAGGAUGGGAGCGUCUCCACCGACUCCUCGAAGGCAGAGACCCGGUCUCUCAAAUCGAAGCAGAUCGUCUUCACCGAUUCACGAGAUCCAUCCUGUCACUGCUUACGCUUCGCUUUGUCGGCUGAUGACAAACUUCCGGUGGCAUCGUUCGGGAGAAGUGACGUCCUCGUGUGGCGACUGUCCGACGGUCUCCUGGUCCAACUUCUACAUCGCCCAGGUCGUCUAUACGAGGUUCUUGGCCUCUCCUUUUCCCCCAUCGACUUCAAUCUUGCCUCAGGGUCCAGGGACGGAACUGCAACUGUGUGGGAUACUCGACAUGGCCGCAUACUCCUGCAUCUAGAAGACCACGGUGGACCAGUGAGCAGCAUCGCACAUGCUCCCAAUGGCGCGGUAAUCGCCACCGAUCCCCAUAAAGAUAAGUCCGUCAAGAUUUGGAACGCCUCAAGUGGAGUAUGCUUGCAUUCCUUCGGCGCUAAUGAAGUCGUAUACAAACUUGCCUUCUCCCCCAGGGACAACUGAUGUCUCUACGCCGAACUUGAGACGCCCUGCAUCAUCUAUGACAUCCAUACCCGUACCCACGCUGCUACGUUGCGGCUUGUUGCCGGGAAGAUGCUCUACUCGUCGAUGUAGUCGCCAGCCCGUAUUCGGAUUUCCCAGGACAAGUCAAAAUAUGGAGUGCGGUGACCGACGAGGAGCUUCUCACGCCGAAGAAGCUCGCACGUCCUGUGGCAUUUUCCCCAGACGGUGCUGAGGUGGUGGCGGCUUGUGACGCGGAUAUGGCAGCCGUCGCGUAUGACUCGAGGACAGGCCAGCUACGCCAUGCCUUCAAGUUGGCAAAGCCGGCGUAUCAUGCGGUGUACUCCCUAGAUGGAGGCUAUGUCGCCUUUGGUUCCCUGGACGAAGAUCUCGAGCUGUACGAUGCGAAGUAUAGGACAUUUCUCGCAAAGUUCGACAGGCAUGAAGGGAGUCACGAGCUCCGGGAGUUGCGGUUUCUGUCCGACAGCCAGACCCUUCUAGCACAGUCCCAGCAUGGACCUCUACUUCUGUAUAGCAUUCAGGAUGUAUUGCGAAUGUGAUAGCAGUAUUGGUGUAACAAUAGCAGUGCAGACAACGAGGAACGUG